GCCUUGCGCAGCCGUGAGAAAGCUUCGCUAUCAAAUUAUGCCAUCACGACCUGCCAUGGCUGGUCAAACGAUACUUUAGACGAAUCGCUGUCUGGCAAUGCGGCGGGCCCAACGCACCUUGAAUUUGAAUCCUGCUGGCGAGACGGCGGAUUUUGUGCUGUAAAUGUCGCCAUCAUCGAACCGGUCCUGAAUGGGUGAAAAAAAAUAUUGCGCUUCCUCGAUCCCGCCGUCCGCCAACCCGCCUCCUCACCACCACUACCUUCACACCACUGAUACUGCCACCACCACCACCACCCCCACUAUCGCAGCCCGGUGCGUGGCCACCAUGCUCCAGCCACGAUUGAGACCCAUGGCACUGGCCGGCGGCGCCCUAUCUGCCGCCUGCCGGGCUGUCAUGGGGCAGAGCUUUCGGAGAGGGUACGCAACCCCCGCGGUACAGUCGACACCGGGCACCCCCGCCGUCGGCGCCCCUAGUGGCAGCGGCCUCGCAACGGUCUUCAAGGACAGGGGAAACGAGACGGCCACGGUCCUCAUGCGCACCUACAAGCCGCGCACACCAGGUAUGCGCCACCUGAAGCGGCCCAUCAACGACCACAUCUGGAAGGGCCGCCCCAUCUGGUCAUUGACAUUCCCCAAGAAGGGCAUGGCCAAGGGCGGUCGCAACAACCAGGGGAGGAUUACGGUGCGACACCGAGGCGGUGGUGUCAAGCGACGCAUCCGCAUGGUAGACUUUGAGAGGCGCGAACCCGGCCCGCACACGGUCGACCGCAUCGAGUACGACCCCGGCCGCAGCGCGCACAUUGCCCUGCUGGUGAACCAGGCCACUCAGAAGAAGUCGUACAUUGUCGCUGCCGAGGGCAUGCGCGCCGGAGACGUGGUACAGAGCUAUCGUGCCGGUAUCCCCCAGGACCUCCUAGAGAGCAUGGGUGGCGUGAUCGAUCCGGGUAUCUUGGCUGCCAAGACGGCCUUUCGCGGAAACUGCCUGCCCGUCCACCUUAUUCCUGUGCAGACCAUGAUCUACAACGUCGGCUCUACCAAGGACAGAGGCGCCGUCUUCUGCCGGAGCGCCGGCACAUAUGCCAUUAUCGUGUCCAAGGACGAGGAGACUAGGGCUGACGGCAGCAAGAUCAUGACGGGUAAAUACGUUACGGUCCGCCUGCAGAGCGGCGAGGUCCGGAGGAUCAGCAAAGAUGCCUGCGCCACUAUCGGCCAGGCUAGCAAUAUCAUGCACCAGUACCAACAGCUAGGCAAGGCCGGUCGAAGCCGUUGGCUAAACAUCCGGCCGACGGUGCGCGGUGUCGCCAUGAACUCCAACGACCAUCCCCACGGUGGUGGCCGUGGUAAAUCCAAGGGUCGCCGCCACCCGACCAGCCCAUGGGGCACACCUGCCAAAGGUGGUUUCAAGACAAGAAGAAAGUCCAACAUCAACAAAUGGGUUGUGGUGCCCCGCGUCAGGAACCAAGGCAAGAGGCGGAACAAGUCGUCGCGAGACUAGACGACGGAACGACAGCGCACUGGGGUGCACGGUACUGAAUCCUCUCCAGUUCGGAGGGACAUGUACAGGCACUCCAGUCAUUUCUAUCCAUACCACACCUCGUUGUACCAUAUCGCAGCAACUUUUGUUAAAUAUCGGGCAACCCCAGCGCCCUAGUACGGCCGCUGUGGUCAGCAGCCUGUCAAUAUUAUAUGGGCUAGGGUAUAUGACGUAUAUUAAGGCUCAUUUCUGUCACCCUGUGUCACCGCGUUGCUUUCAUUUCCGCGCCUCCUUUUUCUGAUGUCCAGCCUGGAAGGGCAAGGAGGCAUGUUGCAAUGUGUAUUAGGGGUCAGCUUGCUCUGAUGGAAUGGUAUUCACGUGAUGUAUCAUCAUGUCCUUGGCGGCUCCAGGGUUGAGGCACCUCUAUAUUGUACAUGCCUACUUUACUGAUAUAGGCAUUAAAUAUUUAAUCAUACUGAAAACAGUUCCAAUAUGAAUUUGCAAGAUUU